AAACCUGGACCUGAACCAGCCAUGGUCGAAGGACCGACUUCACAGGCAUAACCAAGACCAAAACAUUAGCAAAAGCGGUCGCGCAGCUGUUCUUGAUUUCGCGAAUAUACGAUUCUCCAGAAAAUUUCCACUGUUUGUCUUCAUAAGAAUCAAAAACAUGGUUUGGGGCCUAUUUCCCGUCGACCCAGUUCCAGGUGAAGAUAAAUAUUAUUUUUUCAGUCAAGGAACAUACAAAGUGGGUAGAAAAGGUUGUGAUAUAAUUGUAAACAAAGAUAAAGGAGUUUCAAGGAUCCAUGCAGAAAUUAUAAUAGAUGAAAUGAUAUCUGUAGAUCUUUCACACAAUAAAUCUUCAAAUAAUUCUUCUAAAGUCCGGAUCCGAGACUGCUCUAAGUAUGGAACAUUCAUCAGCAAAAAUAUGGGUUCAAAGGAAAAAGUUCACGAGUAUCCACAUAAAGAAACCAUACUGAAGGAUGGGGACAUGGUAUCUUUUGGAACUGGUAACGCAACAUAUAGGUUCUGUUUUGUUCCCUUCACAUUUUUCAUGUGCUCUCCUAGGCAUUCAGAAGCGAAUCGACUGCAAGACAAGAUAUCUUCAAUUGAAUCUGUAGUCUUUGAUAUUCAGUUUAUUGCAGGAAAAGGUAUUUGCACUGAAGUUCCAAGCUCUGCCUCUUAUGCUCCAACUUUGAUGUUGGAAGGGCUGUCAGUCAAAGUUGCAGAUCCUCAAUCUCGAGAACAUUGUUUGAGAGGGUAUACUUUUUUGUUGGAACCAUUUCACAAGUAUAAAUAUCAGGACAAGUUGCCUUUGUUAUUGGAUGUUGGUGGUGCAAAAGUUGUUUAUGUAGAAGCUCUAGAGUCAGAGAGCCAAGGCUUAGAAGGUGGAAAUAACCAUGUAGUGCGUGUAGUCCCAACUGGAUUGCCAAGUAGCGCGGAGUGUUGUCGUAAAUUUAGUUCUCUGCCAAAGUUGAAUGAGAUGGAUUUGAUUUCAGCUGUUUUAUCUGGACAUCUGGAUGAUUCUAUUAUUGUAUCAGCACCUGUGCUGGUCGCCUCUUCGUGCUCCACCGACGAAACUGUGGUAGCAGAUUCUGAUGUCGAAAUGGAAACUGUGACAUCGACUCGUGCAUCAGCUGCAGUUUGUGCAAUGGAAUCUGCUGAACAUGAAAGCAAACAAGAGAGAAACAUCCACAAAGUUGUAUCUGCCGAAAAUAAUUGCAGAGCAGAAAGUGUCGUCAACAUUAUAGAUUCUAUUGAUCAGGAAAGUAAAGGGGAUACAGCUGUGAGCACAAUCAAAACCAUUAAACAUGAUAGCCAAGGAUUUAUACCUUCUAAUCGUGCUGUUCUUGAGCCCAAUAGCGUUAAUUGCACUGAUGAUAAAAUGUCAAGAAAAGAUAGUAUUGACAAUUCAGAAAGUGGGAAGCUGGAUAUUAUAUAUAGCCAAGACCUAAUAGUGAGAGAUUCUAAGUUACCAGCUCCAGGCCAUUCUUCAACAAGUAGUGCGGUCACAAAUUUCAAACUCUUCAGGAAGAUGAGGACUCCAUCAGGCAAUAGCUUCCACAACCUUAUCCCAUUUUCGAAGUAUCCAUAUGAAGAAUCUGACUAUGGAAAUGAGGAUGUUGUUGAAUCUGUAAAGGAGGAGAAAAAGAGGAAACAAAUGGAAGCUAUAGCAGAGGACUUGUUCAAUACAGAGAAGGGAAGACGACGCGCUGCUGGUCCUCUUCAUGGCAUUUUUGCUCGUCGUUAAUUCAGGUUUUGUCCAUAACUUAUUUCCCUCGCGUCUUUGAAUUAUUGCAUUUUUUUGUCUUAAAAUUUGCAAUCCAUGUCAGAGGUCGGGGUAUUUUGUUGAUACUGAAUUAGUUCCUCUUUAUACUUCCAGAAGUGUUUAAAUACCUGUAGUAGACCUGUUUAUUGAAUAACUUUGUUUUGAAAUUAUCUGAGUUGAUCAUUAUGUCCUAUAUGUUAAAGGCAGACACAGAAGAUUUAAAUGAUUUUCUAACCUUGUAGUUGUCCAUUUCAGCAGUAGUUAUUGGUUUGAGAGUGAUCC